AGAAAUAUAACUUUGAAGCGCUGACCCGCCCAUGACUUGUGACACGUAAUCUGGGGUCUCCUGCAUCCGCGCUUGUGCGUUUCUUGGUAGAGGAGACGGCAACUCCUGAUUAGCGGGACUGCUUAGCUGUCGGAUACUGACAUCAGAUCGCCAACUGAUUGGCCGAUGCACUGUGCCCGGGAGGUGGAUAGAGGUGGAUAAAGAUUCCUGUGGAAUUGACCUUGGAUCCCCUGCUGAGAGCCCUCCAGCUGUGGUCUCCUUCCGAGUCUGAGGGUGGUGUGGGGGGGGAUGAGGACUGGGCGGCAUAACGAACAUGUCAGGGGAGGAUAUAAUAAACUGCACCAUCAAGCACGAGAUCCACCAGUACCUGUUCUCGGGGGUCUACAUCCUGGUGCUCCUGAUCGGCCUCCCCACCAACGUGUACUCGCUCUACCAUGCCUGGCAGCAGCUGCGGGCUCGGAAUGAGCUGGGCAUCUACCUGCUCAACCUGACGGUGUCUGACUUGCUCUACCUGGCCUCCCUUCCCCUCUGGCUGCAGUACAUCUUUGAGGGUGAUGACUGGAAACACAAGGAGUGGCUCUGCCAGCUCUGCGGCUUCCUGCUCUACGAGAACAUCUACAUCAGCAUCGGCUUCCUGUGCUGCAUCUCCAUUGACCGCUAUCUGGCUGUGGUCUACCCAUUCCGCUUCGCUGGGCUCCGCAGCAUGCGAGCGGCGGCCGUGGUGAGCGUCGUCAUCUGGCUGAAGGAGGUGGCGGUGGGCGUGGUCUUCUUCCACCGCAAGGAGCUGAGCACAGACCGGACCAACCAGUCGGUGUGCUUCGAGCACUACCCCAUGAGGGACUGGGAGCGGCCCAUUAACUACUACCGCUUCUUCGUGGGUUUCCUCUUCCCGCUGGGCAUCCUCUCGGCCUCGUACUUCCGUGUCCUGAGGGCGGUGAACAAGAGCGCGGGCACCCAGAGCGCGCAGAAGACGCGCAUCAAGCACCUGGUGACCAGCACGAUCGUCAUCUUCCUGGUGUGCUUCUCGCCCUACCACCUGUUCCUGCUGGUGCGCACGGUGGUGGAGUACAACUGCGCCUUCAUCGAGAACAUCUUCAACUACUACCACUUCUCGCUCAUGCUCACCAGCUUCAACUGCGUGGCCGACCCGGCGCUCUACUGCUUUGUAGGCGAGUUCGCCCAGCGAGAGAUCCUGUGGGCCCGCCAGGCCUGCGCCCGGGUCCUCUGUUGUGGCCCCAGCGCCGUGCCGAGCACCAACGGGAUCUGCGAGGCCGGUCCACCGCAGGAGUCCGAGGAGGCCGAUGGGGUUGCACCGGAGAAGGAGCAAGGAGACCGCGUGGUCGGAAAGGACAAGCACCCAGACGGGGGCAGGUCGAAUCUGGUCUCAAGGACCACGAUCAUGUAGGUUUUAUUGCGUUAUUUAUUGAAUAUCCUUUUUUUUUUUUUUUUUUAAAGAAACAUAUCAUUUGGAUUAAAAUGAGGAAUGGAGUUGUCCUCAGUGCAAAAAUAUGUUCUUUUGAAACUUGACCGAUUGCUUUUCGUAUUAGACGAUAUCUCAGCAGCAAUUGGUGUGCACUAGGUGUCUGGGACAUCUAUACUGACACAGAAGGAAAACCCAGAUGUACCAAUCUGUCCUUGCUCUGCUGAGUUGAGUCUAAUAUUGACUCAGGAUAUGGCUAUUAAAGUCCACACUAAACUGCCCAGUGACAGUUCAAACAAGUGGUGUGGAUCCCCCAAAGAGGGAGAAUUCAGGAAUCAUUCAGGUAUCAGAAGAAAGAAAUUAUAUAAUAUAAUAUAUUUUACAUUCAAAUACAGAUAUUGUAGAGUUAUUAUAGAGAUAAUAUAAUGGUUGCAUUCCAAGUUCCUGUGCAUUUUAUAACCAAUUAGCUUGCAAGCCUUGAGAGUAUCUCCAGUUUGUUGGUUUUUUUACUUGCUUGUACUGCAGUGAAAUUACACAACUGAAGCCUCCAAGUUCAACACACUCAUUUUACAGGCCUUCCUAUUUCCGGAUAAUUUUGGCAGUACUUUGCUUGCUUAAGCUCAAGUUCCACAACUAACAUUAAAUACCAUUUUGGGGGCAGGGGUGGGGUGGGUUUGGAGGAGCAAGCAGCAUAGUGAAUUGUGCAGCAAAGGGGAGGGGAGCGGGUAAGCAGCAUAAAUAUCCAUAAGGGGUGUGAAAGGUCGUAUGUGGGGGUCCCAGGUGGCCUCUUCCACUGCCUGGGAAAAAGACAGGCUUGGAUUGGGUAAACAAGAUGUCCUCACAUAGCCAUUCUGCGAGGGAAAGUGUACGUAAGCACGGGCCGGGAAUCAUCGGAGGGCACAUUUUCCAUAUCCCAGCCCAAUAUUGCGGUACGAGUGUCCAGCAGUGUGGCACAUGAAGGACAAGGGCUCAAGGCAGGUCCGAGCCCAGGGGCACAAAAUCAACAGAUCAACAGAGCUACUCCUUCCGGAUGGAAUUUCCCAGGGAGAAAAACAACAAACUAUUCCGUAAUGCUGAUGGUAACUAAUUAGGUGGACAUACAAUAUAAUGCUGAGGAGAACAGCUCUACCUUGGUGUGCACGUGUCUAUGAAUAUAUUUGCCUUACAGUUUUAAUUUAUAUCUAAAAGAUGAGAACUAAACAAGACCUUCAGGAUGAGCAGAUUUUUUUUUAUAGCAAUUUAUCUUUGGCUGAAAAUUGAGCAUUAACAUUCCUUCUAGGAUGGGCACAACGGUAUUGAUUUUAUAAAGAGCAGCGAUCAAUGAAAGAACUGAAUUCAUUUUAGAAAUGGACAUGUACAAGCUUUGCUGUUGUGUCAUGGCAGUGAUUAAAUGUUAGAAUGGCAGGUUCUGUCUUCCCAGUGAAAUGUGUUUAUGAGCAUGUUUGCAAGCCCUUUGUCGAGUGAGCCUUUGGCCAAAGUAUGUUUUACGGUGUAAUGCAUAAAGUAUAUUUUUUUAUAGGACUUGUGUUGUUUUUGUAUUAUCAGUCAUUGGGUUCUUGCCUCCUUCAGAGUGUUUACACUGAGUGUUGUUUAUCGUCUGGGAAACUUGCUUUGUGGCAAGCAACCAUUUAACAGUAUUGUACUGCACUCACUAAUAUAGGAAAUUAACGGACUGACUGAGAAUUGCAGAUAUGUCUCCAGCCUGGAAUCAGUGUGUGUGUGCACACAUGCGUGUCUUAGCACAGUGGAAUCCCAAGAAUUUGCAAAUGUGUAAAGCUAUGACCUUUUUUGGCAUGGUUUAAUUUUUUUUGGAAUAUGUAAACUUUUUAUGAAAAUGUUUUUUUUUUUUUCCUCACACAGACAAUACAAAUGUACCUCACAUUAAAGUACAUGAUGCCAGUAUCAUGGUGCACUAGGGAAUGAUUUGGGGGUCUGCUCUUGUACACUGCUAUUGAUCUGGUCUGCUUAAUGAGGUGAGAGGUGGCAGAGGACCGAUGGGAGAAGGAUUUGAGAACUGUGAGAUCCCACAUUGCUGUGGAUGGGAGGCUCUGAAUCUAAGCCAAACUGCAAAGCACUGUGACAUCUCUAGUUUAGGACUUCCUGGUUUCAAACCCCAGGCAUUGCUCCCCUAAUGAAAAAUCCAUGUCAACAUGCCCUGGAAAACACUGAAAGGCAACUCAACAUCAUGUUUAUGUGCAUAUGUAUAAAACUGUGGAUAAAAAUAUGUAUGUACUGCA